CAAAAUGCCUUUUGGUUUCUGCUAAUAAAAACAGAAUCCCCAACACCAUGGUUUUAAUAGCUAAUAUGCCUGGUGGGGGCAUCUGAUCCACUGCUUGAGUUAAAUAUAACCCGGUCUAGUGUAAGGAGAAGAUUUAAUGGGAAAUGGUUGGCAUUCUUUCUUCCUAAAGGCACAGAGAGACAGAAGGAGAGCGAGCGAGAGAGAGAGACAUACAAACACACACUCACAGACACACACAGAAAGGGGAAGAGAGAGCAAGCAAGACAGACAUAGACAGGGAAGACAGUGUAGAGAGAGAGAGAGAUCCCCAAAGCAGACCUGCAUCUCUAAGUUGGAAUUUUACAGAGAGGAGCCAGCAUGGUCGUCCUCAGUUUAAUAGCUUUGGGAUUUUAUCUUCAGCUUUUUUUCUGCUUUGUUCUGUCUCACACUUCAUUCAUCGACAGCGUCUUCCCCGUUUCCUCAGACCUCCCUUGCUUGGAACAGAAGAAACGAAUUAAUAACAGAGCAUGCUGUCUCCUUGCCCCUCCUCCACCGCCGUUAUUUCCACCACCGUAUUUCAAACAGGGCUGGGAUUCUAAGCUGCUUACCCUUGAUAUGAAAAAUGUAUGUCAAGAGCUUCAGAUAACACAAGUGUCACGUGAACCAGAAUUUGAUUGCCCUUCAGGACCUCCUGGCCCCCAGGGCCCACAAGGAAUUCCUGGUGUGAUGGGACCAAAAGGGGAAAAAGGGGAAAUUGGCAGACCAGGAAGAAAGGGUAGACCAGGUCCUCCAGGUGUCCCCGGAAUGCCAGGACCAAUUGGAUGGCCUGGGCCAAUGGGACCUAAGGGUGAAAAGGGGGAUUUGGGUGUGAUGGGAUUGCAAGGUACAAGAGGACCAAUUGGCUCAAAGGGUUACCCUGGAAGUAGAGGAGAAAAGGGAGCCAGAGGAGAGAGGGGUGACAAAGGCCUCAAAGGAGACAAGGGGUAUAUAGGUUUCCCUGGAAUGCUGGGGCAGAAAGGAGAAAUGGGUCCAAAGGGAGAACCUGGAGUGCCUGGGCACAGAGGACCUAUUGGAAGACCAGGAAAACGAGGCAAACAAGGACAAAAGGGAGAUAUUGGACCUGCUGGAAUUAUGGGUCCACCUGGCAGGCCUGGUCCUUCGGGUCAACCAGGUCCACCAGGACCUUCAGUAUCAGGACAAUUAGCAAUAGGACCAAAAGGGGAAAGAGGGCUUCCAGGGCCUCCAGGGAGAUGUCUCUGCAAACCCCCACAAAAUGUGAAUAUCCCACCAUAUGAGGAAUCCGUGAUUGGACACAGCUAUCCAAAAGUCCCUGCGAUUUUUGUGGUGAACAAUCAGGAGGAGUUGGACCGGCUGAACACUGAAAAUGCUUUAGCCUUUCGAAGAGAUCAGAGAUCUCUGUAUUUCAAGGAUACCAUUGGAUGGCUUCCAAUCCAGCUUACCCCUUUCUAUCCUGUGGAUUACCCUGUAGAGGAUGGCAGCACCUGUGGAGAUGGCAUCAUCCAGGAUGGGGAAGAAUGUGAUGAUGGCAAUACUAUUGUGACGGAUGACUGUAUAAGAUGCCACCAUGCUUACUGUGGAGAUGGCUACCGACAUGAGGGAGUAGAAGAGUGUGAUGGAAAAGAUUUUGGAUAUUUGACAUGUAAAACAUAUCUCCCUGGGUCUUAUGGAAAAUUACGGUGUACUUAUUAUUGUUAUAUUGACUCUACACAGUGUCGGUAUUUCACAUGAAGGGAAAAUGGAGGUGGGUAGCAUCCCACAUGUAACAGAAACACCAGGUGCUACACUAUCAUCAAUCUGAGACGGACUGGGAAAUCGACAAAACCUCUGUGUUGGGGGGAAAAAACAAAUAUCAUGCUGCUGAUGGCUCUUU